AUGGCAAAGUAUAUACAACCUGAGAAGUCUAUCAAUUGCGCCCCUCAUAGCUUCCGAAAUCUAUGCAGUAAAAAGCCCACGAGGCAGGCAGUGAGCCGGUCCACCGAGGAGAGUCUCCUUCAGUCAGCCUGCAGCCACACAGGGAUUGCACCGGCACUUGAGCAGGUCUUAGACCUUGAGCUACAGCAGGUUGUCAAGAAAGACGUUCCAAUAGUCUUUCGAAGACACCAGUCGGAUAGCCUCCAAUUUGAUAUCUUGCCGCGGGCUCAUCCCUCAGCUGUUGUACAGCACACAGGCUGUGACAUGCUUCUUGAGCAGGAGACACUCUGUGUCUGUCGCACAAGUAAUUCACCCAUUCCGAAGACUCACAAAUCAUCAAACAGAUUUGUUUAUAUCGUCACCGACACUUACUACCCAACAUCAGCCGACUUCGAAGACGGAAAGGGAGCCACAACUAUCGAUUCAGUGCACACCACAGUCGGAGGCGCAAACAAUCGCGCCAAAAAGAUCAUGUUUGCUCGCGAUAACCCUGACAACAACUGCGAAGUAGAUGAGGACAAAAUUAUAGAGGAGCAAAAGGGUGGGCUAUACAUUGGAAUUGGCAUGGGUGGCACGGAGAAGGAUGGUUGCUAUGCGAGGAAAUGCGAGGUUGAAGCCAAGCCUGUAGACAUCGAUGAAGAUGGCAGUAGUGAGGAAGAAACAUGA